AUGCUGAAGACAAUCCUGAAUCAAAGUAUGAUGUGUGGGCGCUUGGACUUUAUUCUUCAACAGCUUAAACGUUCAACUACUAACCACAAACAACUCGCCCAAAUCUUUGCCCAAACCAUUACAGCUGGUCUCAUACACACCACUCUCACAUGGAACUGUGUCAUUAGAGCCUACUCUAAGAGCUCCACACCCUUCUAUGCCAUCCUCAUAUACAAUUACUUCGUCACAGCAAAUUCUGUCAGUCCUGAUAGCCACACCUACCCUGCCCUUAUUAAGGCUUGCACCCAUUUGGUUUCAAUUUCAAAAGGGAAAGAGAUCCAUGCCCAUGUCACUAAAAUUGGCCUUGAUUCUGAUGUUUAUGUACAGAAUUCUCUCAUCCACUUUUAUGGGUCUACUGCACUCAUUCAAGAGGCACGCCAAGUUUUUGACAUAAUGCCUCAGAGAGACUCAGCGAGCUGGAAUUCACUUUUAGCUAGUUAUAGCAAGAGUCCAGGUUUGCAGUUUGAAGCCUUGGUUUUAUUUAAGGCAAUGGUGUUUGAUGGUGUUCAAGCCGAUGCAGUCACUUUAGUCAUUCUUUUGUUGGCUUGUACACAAGUAGGGGUAAUGGAGUAUGGAAGAGGGAUCCAUGCUUUUUUGGUAAAACGAGGGAUUAGAUGUAGUUUGAAUUUGGAGAAUGCUUUAUUGAGUAUAUAUGCUAAAGGUGGUGAUAUGGACAUGGCAUUUCGAUUUUAUCUUGCAAUGAAGGACAGAAGAGAUGUUGUCUCACACACGAUUCUGAUCAAUGGGUAUGUCGAGUCUGGGCUUGUAGAUCUGGCUCGUGGUAUCUUUGAUCUGAUGGUUGUUAAGGAUCUGGUUUCAUGGAAUUCAAUGAUACAUGGGUAUGUUAAGGCCAAGCGUCCAAGGGAUGCCUUAGAAAUUUUUAAGAAAAUGGAGAUGGAGAGUGUAAAAGCAGAUGAAACCACUAUUGUUGGUCUGCUUUCAGCUGCUGCCAGCUUAUGUGAUCUCCAAUUUGGUAGAUUAGUUCAUCAAUUUGUCUUGCAACUAGAUAUAAGAAUAGAUUCUUUUGUUGGUACAGCUCUGAUAGACAUGUAUGCUAAAUGUGGGAGUUUCGAAGAUGCCAUGCUAACAUUCUUCAAGAUUGGGUAUAGAGACACUUUUGCUUGGACUGCAGUGAUUACAGGGCUGGCAAAUUGUGGGCAUGGAAGUAAAGCAUUGACCUUGUUUGAGCAGAUGGAGAAGGAAGGAAUUGAGCCAAAUGAAACCACAUUUGUUGCUGCUUUGACUGCAUGCAGCCGAUCAGGCCUACUUGAGGAAGGUUGCCUUUUGUUUGAUAGGAUGACUGGGGUUUACAAUAUGAAACCAAAAGUUGAGCACUUGGGCUGCCUAAUUGAUCUGUUCAGUAGAGCAGGGUUGCUAUACCAAGCGGAAGAUCUCACUAGAACACUGCCAACAGAAGAAAGAGUCAUAGCUUACAAGACUAUACUCGGUGCCUGCAUGAAUUAUUCUGAGAUUGAUCUUGGAAAGAAGGUUGCAGAAGAACUGAUCACUUUGGGUCCCCAGAGCCACGGAGUCUACAUCUUAUUGGCUAACUUCUACGCUAUGGCAGGUCAGUGGGAAAAUGUGGUGGAGAUUAGAAAACUCAUGAAGAAGUUGGAUAUGAGGAAGGAUGUGGGCAUCAGUUUUAUAGAAGCUUAUAGGUAA